AGAGCCGAGCGAGCAGACGCGACCGCGGCGCCCGGCCGCCCAGCGCGCUCGCCAUGGAGAUGCAUUUCAUCUUCUCAGAUGAGGUAAUGCUUCUCUUUGAUUUCUGGAGUGUCCACAGUCCUGCAGGCAUGGCCCUUUCCGUGUUGGUCGUCCUGCUUCUGGCUGUGCUGUAUGAAAGCAUCAAGGUUGGCAAAGCCAGGCUGCUCCACCAGGCCCUGAUGAACCUGUCCGUCUCCACCAGCCAGCAGCUCAUCGAAGAGACAGACCAGGAUUCUUUAAGCUCAGACUCCCCCCCAGUCAACAGAACCCACCUCAGGUGGUUUUUGUGUCACUUCGGCCAGUCUCUACUCCAUGUCGCGCAGGUAGUCAUCGGCUACUUGAUGAUGCUGGCUGUUAUGUCCUACAACACCUGGAUUUUCUUCGGCGUGGUCCUGGGCUCAGGUGUGGGCUACUACCUCGCCUACCCACUUCUCAGCAUGAGUUAGCUAGUGAGGGCUGUGCAGGCUCUGGGGGCUGUUGAGAGCUGGGGCCCCACCUUCUAGACUGAACUUCCAGCCCGUCUCCUCUUUCUUCUGCUGGCUGUUCUCACGGCAUUCCCAGCUCCUGGAAACUUUCAGCUGAAGCCAGCACUUGCUUCCUGGAGUUCAGAGGCCACUUCAGCUCCUCAGCCAGGCUGCACAGAGCCCAGGCAUAGUCCUUCUGUGCUUUAAAAAGGCUGCUGUGACCACAGGGAGGAUGGAGAGACCAGAACAGGGAGCAAGUUUAAUGAUGAUGGCAGCAUAUGCUGGGACCUGUUUCCCUUUCUUGGGGGGAGACUAAGUGACAGCAGACUAAAGGCAGAGAAGCAGCCCUGUUAGGAAGGCUUUGACCUAUCCUCCAAAUAGAGGCAGCUCCUCCCAUCAGACAGCACUGCCUGCAGGAGGAUGACAGUUUAAUGGCUUUAGGUGUUGGGGAGAUCUUCAUUGCCUUAAUUACCCCCCCUUAUCCUGAUCCUACUUCUAUGCAAAACCACGAACUGAAUUGAAUAAUAUUCAAUACUAAUGUCCUCUAUUUAUUACUUACUGCUCACCCAUAAUGAUAGGGUGUGGAAACGUGAUUCAUUCAUUUAAAAUACUGGGUAAGCCACAGGGGUAUUGAUUGAAGAUGCAAUAAGCAAUCAAACCAAAGCAUUACACUAGUAGAGUUAGGUGGGGCUCUUAAGAUAUUUGAACCUUUUCACUUUAAAGAAAAGGAAGGAACAGACCCAGGGAGAAAAAAUCACUGCUGUAUACUGUAAUGUCUACACUCAAGUACCUCAUGGGCUAGAUGAAAGAUGGUCUGAAGCUUUGAAAAUUCAAAAAGAAAUAUAUUUUAAUAAAUAUAUAUUUUUAAAUAG